AUUCAUAAAGAUUAUUAUGAAGAUAUACCUUUACUACCAUGGAAGCAUGGCACUGAAUCUUGUAAAUAUAUUUUUGGAGUUGCCUGUCAGUUUCGACCCAACUUUACCUUUUUAGAAAUUUUACAAAUAGUUCCGAAAAUAAGUCAGUAUUUUAGAUCUAUUCAAUUGGAUCAUUUAUUAUUUAGAAAAGAAAAAACAGUGCAUGAGGAUUACAGUUUUAAUGAAUAUGAAGAAAUUAACCUUUUGGACGAUGAUCUUGAAUUUUUAUGCUAUUGGCCCUCUGAUAUUAACAUUGAUGAUACAAUUAAUAUUGGUUAUAAAAGAGCCAUUCAUUUAGUGAGGCAUUUAGAAAUAAAUUCUAUAUCUAGCGAUGUCUAUUAUUUUAAUAUCAACAAGAAAAUUUCUACUUCACAACUUGAAGAUUUUUAA